CCUUUCUUCAAUUUCCUUUACCACUGUGGCUAGGAAUAGUCCGUUCAAUUUCAAAGGUCCGUUUUUAUUUUACACUUUCGUCGCCGGUCUUUUUGUGAGGAGACACUGUCUGAAGGAAUUUACUCCAAAGAUAUUUUCGAGUCACUGAUGAGUUAAAUAAAAUAUUUCAUUAAAGUUAGUAAACUUACUUGCGCGUAUCAUAUUAUUGCGGGAAAAUCUUUCCCCACAUCUCGAGUGCCCAGUUUCCCUCCAUAUUUUAUCUGAAACUGCGCUCUGCGCAUUUGCGUCGACCAUUUACAAAUUACAAUUCAAAUUUUGCACGUCGUUGACGUGAACACUGCGCGCAGACGAACUUGAAAGGAUGCAGGACGUUCAGACAAGUGGUUUUUUUUUAUAUUAAUAAAUCUCGUGAUUUUUUUAUAUUUUUGAAUCUUUCUUUUCAUCAUUAAUUUUAUAAAGAAAUGGCAGAAUCUCAUAAUUCAUCGUAUAGCUCUUCAGGCGAUGAAGAUAGUGAAAGUUUUAUUAUAUCAAAUGAUUCAAGCGACGAAGACGACAAAAAGAUUGUUAUAUCGGAAAGCUCAGCCAAUGAAACGGACAACAAUGAGAGCACAAAAACCGAAUCUACUAAUGGCAGAAUCACACCAUUGAUUCACAAAGCAAUUCGUAGAAGCCUUCAUCAUUUUAAGCAAUCGUCCAAUGAUGAAACAGAGAAUUUAAGUACCGAAAAUCUCACCAACUCACCUAUAUUAAAGAGUAAAAAUUCGUCACAAUCAAAGAUCACCCCUCGCAAAGGCUACAGUAAUUCUGCAGAUUCUUCAGAUGAGGAGGAAGAUAUAAGUACUCGAAUGAAAACACACUCAGCUACAUCGAGUGAACAGGAAACCUCAUCAAAUCUUGUUGACAGUUGUAUCCAGAUCCCAGCAAACCACAAGCAUUCCAAUAAACACUAUACUGAUUCUGAAACGAAUGAUUCAGUUGUUAGAGUUCGACCUAAACCCAAACAUAUACAUCAUUUGGAAAGUUCAAGUGAAACAGAUGAUGAUUCUCCUGAAAGUCACGUAAUCAGUACGGAUGAAGACGACGAAGAGGAAUCAAAAAAUUUGAGUCUCAGUCCUAAACUUGCACAGCGAAAAGCAUAUCUUGAAGCCCAGUUACAUCAGGUUGAUAGACAACUAACCAAAUCAAAAAUGUUGCUUAAUUCUGGAAACCUUGGAGCACUCCACGAUAAAGGUGAAAAGAUUCGACAGAACAUAAUAACACAAGAAACGAAGCUGGCUGAUAUACAAAACCAGCUGCAGUAUAUUGAAGAUAACGCAAAAAAAUCGAGUGCAAAAUUACUUCGUAUGCAAGAAGUUAAAAAGUCGCUUUUCAAAGAGGGAAGUUUAGAAAUUGACCCGACGUUUUUAAAACCUACAACGUCGUCUCAACAAAUUGAUCUCGGUAAAAAGGCCCUCAAAACUUUUCAAAAAGAACAAGAAUUGACUGUGGAUAGACUCAAAGAUCUUCAUGGAUCUCUAUUGUCUCGUCCGGAGGAAACCCAGCUCGCCGACGACCCGAGAGGGCUCAAGGUGAAGCUGAUGCCCCAUCAAAAGUAUGCACUCACAUGGCUAUUAUGGCGAGAGCAACAAAACCCGGCCGGAGGUGUAUUGGCUGAUGACAUGGGCUUAGGAAAAACUUUAACGAUGAUUUCGCUAGUGGUUACUGCAAAGCAGAUAAAAGAUGCUGCUGAUGACAGUGAUGAGGAAAACGAAAAGUGGCUAUCGAGUGCUCGAACUCAGCGACAUUUGGGCGGAACACUUGUCGUCGCUCCGGCAUCGUUAGUGGCUCAGUGGCAGUCGGAAGUAAAAAAUCGUUGUAAAAGCAGAUUACUUACCGUCGAGCUUUUUCAUGGAAAUAACCGCGAAUCAAAUCCGAAACGGUUAGCAAGGAAUGAUAUUGUCGUUACUACAUACAAUAUCAUAUCCAGAGAGUUUAAAACUUCUGGAGUUCUCUAUAAGAUCCAUUGGAAACGUGUGAUUCUUGACGAAGCCCACGUAAUCCGAAAUCACAAGAGUUUAACCUGUGAGGCAGUCUGUGGCAUAAGUGCCUCAAAAAGAUGGGUUCUCACAGGAACUCCUGUCCACAAUAAAGAAAUGGACUUGUUUUCUCUGCUCAAAUUUUUAAAGUGUUCCCCCUUUGAUGAUGUUCGCGUGUGGAAGCGAUGGGUCGACAACAAAAAUGUAGCUGGCUCAGAGAGGUUAUCAACAGUGAUGAAAAGUAUUAUGCUACGUCGAACCAAGCAGGAACUGCAAGAGAACGGUUCUCUGGACGUAUUACCUGAAAAGUUGAUUGAAACAAUUGAAGUUAAACUCGAUCCUGACGAGCGACUUGUCUACGAUAAAGUUCUGGUGUUUUCCAGAACCUUGUUCGCACAAUUCCUUGCACAACGAGCCGAAAAGGCCCACAUGCAGGAGCUCGGGACUGGAAUGUACGAUAAACCUUCUUGGCAGAUGAACCAUAAAGACACUCAAUUCACAAAGGCUCAAAAAAAGCUACUAUCGAUGCAUGCAGACGUCGCUGCCCACGAUAUUCUUGUUCUUUUGUUACGCUUACGGCAGCUGUGCUGUCAUUCUUCAUUGAUUCACUCCAUGCUCGAUCGGCAAGACAUUGAAGAAAAUAGUUUGCAUGACAUGGAAAAUCCGGCAGGGCUGGCUACGCGAUUAGCAGACAUGUCUCUGCAUGACGAUGACGGCGAGGACGAAGGCGAGAUCGGUGUCGACGAAAGGGUCGCCGAGCACCUAUUAACAUCGAAUAACCCAGUGUUCGAUCGGAAUCGUCAAAGUUCCAAGCUGAAGGUGGUUAUGAAAAAAAUCAAAGAAAUCGUUACGGACAACGACGAUAAGCUCAUAGUUGUGUCCCAAUGGACCAGCGUGCUUGAACUUGUCGCUGAUAAUCUUAAAGACCUGAAAAAGGUUUCGUACCGAAUGUUCACGGGUAAAGUCCCAGUCAAAGAUAGACAGGGUAUCAUGGAUGACUUCAAUUCUCGAUAUUCGGAAACGAACGUACUCCUCCUGUCGUUGACAGCUGGUGGAGUUGGAUUGAAUUUAGUCGGAGCCAACCAUUUGUUGCUGUUGGAUAUCCAUUGGAAUCCACAACUUGAGAAUCAGGCGCAAGAUCGCAUCUAUAGAUUUGGUCAGAAAAAAGACGUGUACAUUUACAAAUACAUAUGCUCUGACACGAUCGAGGAGCGAAUCAAAGCGCUCCAAGAACAUAAAUUGGCAAUUGCGGACAGUCUUCUAAGUGGUAGUGGAAAAGCUGGAGCGUCUAAGCUUUCGCUCGAUGAAAUGAAAAUGCUUUUCGGUAUUUAGUUAUAAGUAAAGCCUUUGAUUCUGUUUCUUAAUUCUUAUCACGAGACUCUGUGAAGAUAAUUCGUUUAAACAAUGCUAGUUUACUGCCUACGAAUUAAAACUAUGUAUCGUUCCUUUUCUCGUAUUUGACAUGUAAAUAAGUGAUAAUAAGUAUCCUUCGCAUUGUUAAAUUGAGUAUUUAUAUAUUUAAUCUUCAUUGAUAUUAGCUUUAUUUGUCUCUAGUUAUGUUUACACUCUGGGAAUUUAUGUACUGUCUCGACAGUUUAGACAGUUAUUGUUGCUGUGCCACAUUCCGUACGAGAAGUAAAAGUACUGAAAUAAAAAAUGCCAAAAUAUAUAAUUAAUAAACGUAUGAUUGAAGAAAAAAAAAA